UGAAGUGUGGCUGGUGUGUUUACGAUUUGUGGCGUUAAGGCGGUGCAGCAGUGUGAACAAAAAGUAAAUUUACGAUUAAUAGAUGUGAGGCCACUUUUUUAAAAGUGUAUGUAAUAAUUAAAAAAUGGUCUCUUGUUGCGCAUAUGGAUGUACAAAGAAAUUCGUCAAGAAUUCCUCAAUAUCGUUUCAUAAGCUCCCUACGAAUCCGGAAAUGCGGGAAAAGUGGAUUAAGGCGGUCAGGAGUGAAAAUUUCAUCCUUUCGAAUAACGCAGUAGUUUGCAGCGAGCACUUUUCAAGUGCAGAUUUCAUAAAUUUAAGUAAUCGUAGGAGAACACUGACGAAAGACGCUGUACCUACAAUUUUUAAUUAUCCGGAGCAUUCAGUUAAAGAAUCGCUAUCUCGACGAUCCAUACGAAACACUCCAUAUCAAGAAGAUGCAGUAAGUGAAAUCUUCGCAUCGACAAGCAACGAAACGCACAAUGAUAACACUGAAAGGUUCGCGGACGAACAAAUGUCUUGUAACAAUAUUUGUUUAUCGUCUAUUGUCAUUGAGGACACUGACGAUGAAGUCGAAUGGAUUGAAGAUAAUAGUGAAAACGAAUCGCCGAUAGACUAUAUUGUUCUUGAUGACGAUGACAACGAUGAUAGUAGUAGCCCCAAUGACGAACAACUCCAGUUUGUUACUAAUCCGGAAUUGCAAAUGAAAUGCGAAAUCGGAGAAGUGAGCAUAAAAGACGAAUCUCUGUAUUCCGGAACGGAAAGUAUUUCAUCAGAUGGGAACCAAGCAGAAACUGGUAGUGGUUCAGACAAACAUAUAAAUGUAACAGUACAAACUUUGGCAGGUGUAGAAGCCAAAGAGACAGCAAUGGAUGAUGUAGAUGCAAGUACUCCAAAAGAAGAAAAGGGAAACGGGAAAAAUUUCGCUUCCUUGGCAAUGACGCUUGGUGAAAAAGAACUUGGAGACUUGUUAGAAGCUGUCAAAUCCAAAAGUGGCUCCAACGAGAGUCAGUCUAUAGCAAACAGCAAAGGACCUUUUGCGGACAUGAAAGGGAACUAUCUUGACUUAAAGAUGACUAAACGAGUUGAUAAAUCUGAAGUAGAUGAAGCUGAAAGUAUUCCAGCCACCAUCACUUCUUCGGAAGAUGAUACAAAAAGGUUGGAUUUAUUAACUUUUUUAAAAACUGAAUCAACCGAUACUCCGUUGAUUAAAACAGAGAAUAAUCAGAACGUUGAGGCCAAUACAAUUGAAUCGAGAUCAAAAUCAAGGGCAGUAUGGGUUUCAAACUUGAAGCGUUCCACGAAAGCUAGCGAUUUAAAGCAGCACCUGAACAAGUUUGGCAAAGUAAUUACAACUAAGAUUGUAACUGACGGUCGAAGGAGUUUUGGUUAUGCUGUUCUAGAAAGUUAUAAAGAUACUGAAAAUUGCAUUAAGAAUUUGAACGAUUCGGAAUUCGAAGGUGGCAGAAUAGUAAUAGCCACGACCAAACCAAAUGUGGAAAACAAGAACAAACCGACGAUGGAAGAUGAGGAAUUGAAGUCAAAUGAGGACAAAAAUAACAAAAAACGUACCUAUUCCACAGAAGGAAAAGAAAGAAAAUCUAAAACAGUUCUUAAAUUUACGAAGCGUCACAGGUCGCCGUCGAUGGUUCCAAUGACCACAAAGUUUAACGACAAACAUCUUUCGCGGAUCAAAGAAUCCAGAAUGGAACGAGAAUAUUUAAGGGAGAAACAAGAAAAGGAAAGGCUGAAAAGGAGGCUAGCAGAAGAAAUGAAACGAAGCAGGGACGAAAUGAACAGAUUGAGGGAAAAAGUGGAAGAGCAACGUCUGAUGGAACUAGAGCUGGAGUUGGAACGAAAGAAGAGGUUACGUUUGGAAAAAGAAAUAUUAGAACGUUUUGUUCAUUCCGAAAAAGACCAAAGGAUGCCAUGGAACUCGACAAUUUCCAGCCAAUGGAAAACGAAUAGCAUGGAAAGUCAAUCUGGAUCUGGAUUUCCUGUUAACAGAUAUUCAGAAUUUAACUAUAACAGUGCCAAUUGUAACACUUCGGGAUUUCCUCAACCAACUCCCUACAAUCCUCAACCCAACAAUGUGCCACCACCUGCUCCAGAAAUUAAUUACAACUGUAAUUCAUGGGGGUAUUCACAACCUUCUUUUUACAAUUCACAAUCCAACAAUUUGCCAGCACCUGUUAAUAGAUAUCCAGAAAUGAAUUACAACGGUACCAACUAUAAUAGUUUGGGAUUUUCACAACCUGCUUAUUACAAUCCUCAACAUCAACCAGCGCCUGACUACAAAUAUUUCGAUCAUCAUUCUUCAAAUAGAAAAUACUAGUUUUAUAUUUUACACGUUUGUUUUUGAAUUGCGUUUUAACGUUACAUAUUUCUUGUCUCAAUUUCGU